AUGGGAGAUGCAUCUGGCUUCCAAUCGUCCCAGUAUGCUCUGACAGACCUGAGCACUGGGGGAGAUUCUGCUUUGUCGGGAAGCGAUGACUUCGGCGCCGGUGACAAUGAUGGCGAUGGUGGUGGUGGCGGUGGCGGCGGUGGUGGCGGAGGUGGCAGUGGUGGCGGCAGCAGCGGCGGUACUCCACUGCCAGUUGUUAUUAGGCUUGGAACCAUCGCCCCGAAGACCACGCCUCCAUCGGUAGGUCCAGCAGGUCGACCGAAAGCACCGGUACCAUCUGGGAGCCAAGUUCCGCCAUCUGGGGGACCAGUUCCGCCAAAUGGGGUACCAGUUCCGCCGCAUGGCGCUCCACCACAUGGAGGACCAGCUCCGCCACAUGCAGGACCAGCUCCGCCACAUGGGGGACCAAUACCUCCAUCUGGGGGACCAGUACCUCCACCGGUGGCACCCAAUGUUGACCGGGAGCUUUUGUGCACAGUGGGCGACACCGCCGUCACGAUGUCCAUGUACCCUCCCGACAAGGUGUGUACGUACUUGUACUACACCCACGUGGUCAUCCAGGGGGACAGCAUACGCGGCGCCAAAGUGGAGACCAGUUGGGAGAGUUUCAAGCUUGCGGCCGCGAGAUACCGCUACGUCAAAAUGGGAAUCUCCUUCGACCACCGGUACAUCACGGCUGCCAAGAUAACAACGGCCACCAAUCCGUUGGCCCUGCUGUCCAGUUCGAACAUUCGGCACUUCGGCGUGCUCAAUAUGAUCACGAAGCACCUUGACCUCCUCAACAUAGUGAUGCCCAUGAAACCAGUUUUAGAAGAGAUCAAGAAACAAUUUAAUUACUCGCACACUGUCAUUGCGAUCGGAUCACGUGACUACAGUGACCAGGGCUUCCCCACGUUCUCCGAGAUAAUAAAGACGGCUGUUGACACGUUCCCAGUGGACACUGUCAUCGCCAUAGCUUCAGUGAGCUCGGCGCCGAGUAGAAGCGAGUGCAGCGCCGUGCCUCCCAAUGUCCUCCACACUUUUGAACGGGAGAAAAACCCGAGCUUGAUGCCAUUUUUCCGAAAGAUGAAGCACUAA